AUGUGGCACGAAGCAAGAAAACAAGAACGUAUGAUUCGUGGAAUGAUUGUAGAUUAUCGUCGCAGAGCUGAACGUCGUAAGGAUUUUUAUGAAAAGAUUAAAGCAGAACCAACCCAAUUUUUGCAACUGCAUGGAAGACAAUGUAAAAUACAUUUGGACCCGGCAGUAGCAGCGGCUGGGGAAGGGCCAGCUAUUAUGAUGCCGUGGCAAGGUGAUACUAAUAAUAUGAUUGACCGUUUUGAUGUUCGCGCACAUCUGGAUAUUAUAUCUGAGGUUAAGGCGCCCUAUAUACCACCCGAAGACCUCAAUCAAGAGGAAAGACAAUGCAAUUAUGAAAGAUAUAGGAUUCUAGCACAAAAUGCCUUUUUAGGCAUAAGUGAGGACAAAUUUCUACAGCAACUGGCCAUUGAGGAGCAGUUUGGUGUUACCAUCGAAGAAAAAGAGAUGCAAAGGGAGAAGUUAAGUGAAAAGAAAGGGAUCGGUGCUGCUAUUGGAUACAAUUAUAACGAUCCAACUGCCCAACCGUCAACCUCUAACGGCCCAGAGAUGAAGAAGGCGGAUUCAAAGGAGUCCGAUGAUGACUCGGACCUCGAGAUCAUUGAUGUGGAUCUCAGCAUUGAUGUCAAUAAAAUGGAUGCUUCACAGGCUCACGAGUUGAAUGCCGUUGGACCGCAAUAUGGUAUGGCGGGCUGCGAUCUAUUCUCAUUCCUCACUGGAGAUGCCGAUGACGCUGAACAUCAAAAACAAUUGCUUCGGGAAGAGAAAGAAAAAGCUAUGUUUUCAGGGAGAAAAAGCAGGAGAGAAAGACGCGCGCAUAGGGACAAGAAGCUAGCGACUCGUGUAGUGAGUCCCCCCAGCUACGCGGCCGCCCCCUCCUUGCCAGCCGCCCCUUCCCGCUCGCCGAGCCGCAGCCGUUCACGCACUCCGUCACCCGACAAUACAAACAUACAGUUCAUUACAUCCUUUGGACCGGAAGACGAUGAUAACGCACAUCAUCGUCAUUCGGUGCGCCAAUCGGUCCUCGUUUGCAAUCCCAAUCCCGGUCUCGGUCUCGAUCCCGGUCCCGGUCCCGUUCUCGCUCCCGGUCCCGUUCAUCUCGCAAGUCGAGGUCCGCUUCACGUUCGAGGGCCUCGAGGUCGAGGUCAAGGUCGAGGUCCUAUCACUCGUACAGGAAGACACACUCGAGAUCACGCUCGCGGUCAAAGUCUAGGAAUUAUAGAAGAAGAUCGAGGAGUGUCUCGAACCACGCAAGUUAUACAAAUCGUAAUAGAUCCAGAUCCUUGUCGUUUGAAAGGUAAGCGUCUUAAUAAUUUACCCUUGUGUAAUGAUAAAAAUCAGCCUCAAAGUAAGCCCGUGCCGCGCUACUAUGGACGAAGGAAAGAAGAUAAAUCAUCAAGUGAACUAUCACUUGAUUCAGACACAAGUGAUUCAGAUGAAAACAAUAAGUCAGCGGGUGGCAAAUCAAACCCGAACCAGAAUCAGUUACGAUUAACUGGAUCCAGCUCCAAAGUCAUGCGUGCAGACAAGCGGGCUGAGGCUGCUCGAGUGGAGAGAGAGAGUCGACGACAGGCGAGGAGAGACCAGGAGAUGAGAGACCUGGCUAUUAAACUGAGGAGGAAGCAGCGUGAGAUGAGACACCAACAAUAUCGGCGUUCCAGUGACGAAGACGAUUCAGAUAAGAGUGGAAGUGAAACAUCUUCGAGAAAAUCUAUCAGUGAAAAUAGAAAAGAAAGGAGCCGCUCUAAAAGCAAACCACCAGAAGACAAGCCCAUACAAGUUUGGGACACUAAAAUGUCGCCGUUCAGAUCGAAAUACGACGGAGAAACAUCGAAUUAUACAACGAGGAAACGUUAUCACAACUCUAGAGAACAUUCUGAACAGGACGAUUAUAGGGACAGUCGGAAAUAUGAUGAAGAGACAUAUCAGAAUAGGUACAGUCGGCAGAACAGAGAAUAUAGGAAUUAUAACGAUUAUAAUAGAUAUGAUAACUAUGAGGAUAGAGUACAGAAUAGUUGGAGGCGACCGUACGGUAAAAGGGGUGGGUAUAGAAGCAGUGAGAGGAAAAACGAUUAUUACGGUGACGGGAACUCGAGCAAGAAUCGAGAUGACGACAGAGAAUCUAGCUAUAGAAACAAAGUGAAACUUGUAGAUUACUAA